CCACUGGCUGCAAAAUAAAUGCUGGCUGGUAUUUUCGUUGUUCUCUUAAAAGCAAAAAUCCUCUUCAGAUUUCUUUCAGUUUGUGAAAAUAGAUACUAAUGCAGGUUUUUCAUAAAAGCGAAGUAGCAUAAAGCAAAGUGCUUCCAAAAUGCAGGGGAUACCUGUACCAUGAAAUAGGUGUUAUUAUUGGCCUCAUUUUGAGGAAAUAAGAGGAUCAGAGAGUUAGGGUACUUGCACAAGGGCAUACAGCUGGUUAAGUGCGGGUUAAAUGGAUUAUCUUUGUAAGCAUUCCUCACAGUGCCCUGCAUACAGUAAGCGCUCAGUAUAUGGUCAUUAUCAUCAUUUCCUAUACAGGCGUGAGGGAUCCCUCAGGUCUCCGGAUGCCCUCCGGCCUGUGGCCAUCCAACCUGCUAGCCACCACAUCACAUGAGCCUUACUAUCUUUAGUCAGGGAGAUAUUUAUAUCCUCGGGAAGUUUUUUUCCGCCACAGGAGAACCCCAGAGUAGGUGGCCGCUGAAUUCGGGCCCUCAGCGGUGGCCUCCGCCCCUUCGGCUCGCGAUGCCGCGGGGUUCCGAGGCCCUGGUGCAGGUGUGGGUGGAUGGCCAGCUUUUCCAGGAGGACCAGGCCCUGCUGGUGGAGCACUGCGGGUUUUUCCGCGGCCUCUUCCGCUCCGGCAUGCGGGAAGCGCGCGCGGCCGAGGUACGCCUGGGCGCACUGAGUCCGGGGGGUUUCCGCACCACGCUGCAGGUGCUGCGCGGCCAGCGGCCCGCGCUGGCGGCCGCGGACGAGCUGCUGCAGACAGUGGAGUGCGCCGCCUUCCUGCAGGCGCCGGCGCUGGCGCGCUUCCUGGAGCACAGCCUCACGUCCGACAACUGCGCGUUGCUGUGCGACGCGGCCGCGGCUUUCGGCCUGCUCGACGUAUUUCACAGCGCCGCGCUCUUCAUCCGCGACGGCGCGCCCGAGCUGGCGGCCGAGCUGGCGCUGCCCGAGACCCGCGCCUACGUGGCGGCGCUGCGGCCCAGCAGCUACGUGGCCGUGAGCACGCACACGCCUGCGCCCGGCUUCUUGGAGGAUGAGUCGCGCACGAUGUGCUACCUGGAUGAGGAGAAGGACACGUGGCACACGCUGGCCGCACUGCCCCUGGAGGCCAGCACGCUACUGGCAGGCGUGGCCACGCUGGGCAACAAGCUUUAUAUCGUGGGGGGCGUGCGGGGCGCCAGCAAGGAGGUGGUGGAACUGGGCUUCUGCUACGAUCCGGACGGAGGCACGUGGUGCGAGUUCCCCAGCCCGCACCAGCCGCGAUACGACACGGCUCUGGCCGGCUUCGACGGCUGCCUCUACGCUAUCGGCGGCGAGUUCCAGAGGACGCCCAUGAGCUCCGUGGAGCGCUACGACCCGGCCACGGGCUGCUGGAGCUUCGUGGCCGACCUGCCGCAGCCAGCUGCUGGCGUGCCCCGUGCCCAGGCGUGUGGUCGUCUCUUCGUGUGUCUGUGGCGGCCGGCGGACACCACGGCCGUGGUGGAGUACACGGUGCGGGCCGACGCGUGGCUGCCGGUGGCUGAGCUGCGGCGCCCACAGAGCUACGGCCACUGCAUGGUGGCCCACCGCGACAGUCUCUAUGUGGUGCGCAACGGACCGUCCGAUGACUUCCUACACUGUGCCAUCGACUGCCUCAACCUGGCCACGGGCCAGUGGACAGCUCUGCCCGGGCAGUUCGUCAACAGCAAGGGAGCGCUCUUCACGGCAGUGGUGCGCGGCGACACUGUCUACACCGUCAAUCGCAUGUUCACACUGCUCUAUGCCAUCGAGGGCAGCACAUGGCGGCUGCUCAGGGAAAAGGCUGGCUUCCCACGGCCUGGCUCCUUGCAGACUGUUCUCCUGAGACUGCCUCCUGGCGCCCUGGGGCCUGUGGCCUUCACAACGCCUGAACUGUGACCUCUGGCCUGGGCUUUAAGAGGGGACAACCUGAGUCUUCCCUGAGCCAUGGCUGAGUCUAUGAAGUUGGCCUUAGGAGUGGCUGGGAGCUUUUUCUCUCCCUCGUGAGACAUCUGGAUCUUGUGUCUUCUGGUGGUGUGAACAUGUCCUAGAAACUUGGACCAGUGAUGAUGCUGAGCUCUGAGCCCUCAAAUUACUUGGGCUCUGCCUAGAGUUGGUGGGUCACAAUGUCAGUGGAGAGGUUUGGGGGGUAGGAUUUCAAUAUUCUAGGUUUGCGUGUGAAUGGGCGAGUAAUUGAGCAUGGCUAGGAAUGGGUUGAGUGAUGUUAAUCAAACUCCCAAUUGGUAGGCAAGAAUUAGUCACCUACUGUGUGCCCAGCACAGUACUAGCCCUAAUGUGAUUUGUAGUUGCCAGACAGGGGUCCACAAAGCUUAGAGUCUUAGAGUCUAACCCAGAAAAACUCAACCUUAACAGACAGUUAUAGGACCACAAAAGAUUUACACAUACCUUGAUCCAGAAAGGGUUGAAGGCAACAUGCAAAAAACAAUAAAAGUACUGAAGAAAUCAAGGAAAAGGGAAAAUAGGGAAAGUAAAAAUACAUAACUCCAGGAAGGAGAGUAUACUAGUUAUAUGAAGAAGACAGGCAGAAUAAUUAGCUGCUGAAAGGGGAGGCUGACAUGACUUUGAAAGAGAUCAAAAGAGGAGAGAUGGGAGAAGGCUGAAGCAGAUGGGAAGAGUGUGAACCCAAUCUUUAAGGCAGAGCAGCUGUGGGUGGAGGCAUUUGGGGAGGGGGCAAGGUUGGGCUGGCUUGUAGAGACUAACUGAGCUGAACCUAGGGUGAGACCUGUGAGAGAGAGAGGGUUCCCAUACCCCCUUAUGAGGUGUGGACCUACAGGGGAGAACCCAGUUGUAAGCCCCUUGCCCACUUCCUUUUUUGCCAUCCCCCUAGGGGCAAUGGACUAUUAACUUCCAUGACUUAAGGUCACUCAAGGUAUGAGCCAAUCCUGGCUAGGUCUAACUGCCUCAUCUUAUCCUCCCCCCACCCCAUUCUACAACUUAAUUCUCCUCUAGUCUCUGCUCCUGCUAUUCCCUAGGCCUGGAAUGCCUUUCCUCUUCCUGUCUUUCUAGUGGCUCUGUACCCACCUCCUCUUUGCAGGGUUGGCUGUUCCCGACCUUGGCUGUGUG